AGCCCGAUCACACCAUUCGACUCCACACCCUCGGUUCACACACAGUGAUCAGCUCAGCUACAGCCUACAGAGCACAGACCCAACCCCGGGAGACAACAGAGCACGGCGAGGAUGCUGCUGAACCCGGCCUCGGAGGCGAUGGUGCUGGACAGCAUCAGGCAGCACCUCAUGGAGGACACGGCGGCUCCGGCGCCGGAGGCGAGGAGGCAGAGGCCGGCCUACUGCCGCAGCGCCAGCUUCGGGAGCCUGGUGGCCGACCAGUGGAGCGAGUCGCUCCCGUUCCGCGCGGACGACUCCGACGACAUGGUCGUCUACGGCGCGCUCCGCGACGCCUUCUCCUGCGGCUGGCUCCCCGACGGCUCCUUCGCCGCCGUCAAGCCGGAGCCCCUCCUGCCUUCCCCGGACUCCUGCUAUGUCGGCUUCCUCGAGCCGGAGACGCCUCCGGCCACGUCCCCGGGCGGGAGCGAGGAGGAGGCCGCCGCGGCGUUCAUGGGCGAGGAGGCGGCCGCGGCCGUGGCGAGGGGGAAGCACUACCGCGGGGUGAGGCAGCGGCCGUGGGGCAAGUUCGCGGCGGAGAUCCGGGACCCGGCCAAGAACGGCGCCCGCGUGUGGCUCGGCACCUACGACACCGCCGAGGACGCCGCCGUGGCCUACGACCGCGCCGCGUACCGCAUGCGCGGCUCCCGCGCGCUCCUCAACUUCCCGCUCCGCAUCGGCUCCGAGAUCGCCGCCGCGCACGCCGCGGCCGCGGCCGCCGGCGACAAGCGGCCGUCGCCCGAGCCCGCGACAUCGGACUCGUCAUCCUCCUCGUCCUCCUCCGGGUCCCCGAAAAGGAGGAAGAGAGGCGAGGCCGCGGCCGCGUCCAUGGCCAUGGCGCUGGUGCCGCCGUCCUCGCAGUUGAGCCGGCCGGCCCACGCGUGGUACCCCGCCGUGCCGGCGGAGCAGGUGGCCAUGGCGCCGUGCGUGCAGCAGCUGGUCAGCUAGGCCCCGCUCUCCAGCCCCCGGGCGCACGAUCGUGAAAGACAAUGCGCAAGUGCAGUGGAUUCGCCAGCAAGUGCAUGGACGCGACAGCAACAGGAGCCCGCCUUUCACUGUUGCACGGUGCAAGGUGGUGAUGGCAAUGGAGUGCGAUACCUAUCGAGCGAGCAGGCAAAGCAACCUUGGCGACGGCUCCAUUUGGAUAGAUAUUUGGAUAUUUGAUGGCAAUGGAAGAUAAGCUCUCGGAGCAACUGGGCGCUGCAAUUUGGUCUGGAACGAUAGUUCCUCCUCUGGCUGCUCGGUGCAACUCGCCCAAGUGGGUCAAAGCGAAACUGUGCUAGUAUCGGGUUGUCGUGGUUCCUUCUGAGUCGUAGGGUUAUAUUUGAGUGCGUGUGGUCAAAAUUACACCCUUGUGAGUGAUCGAGCAUAAUGGAAGUUGUGAAACUUUACAAGCAUCUGUGGAGAGAAUUCCAGGGAAUGAAUUCUCACCCCAUUUGUUCUUUGAUCAAUGUAUUUUCCCAUUGGCGUCA